CGCGAAAUCAAUCUUAUUGACAUGCGCACAUUUGGUUAUAGGAUGUUCGGGAAGGACAGAUGAAAUGUAGAUAGUUGUUAAGAUAUUACAACGAUAACUUAACGAUUCACUUCGCUACAAUAUCUAAUCGCGAGAUGAAUAGAAGGUCCAGUGCUGCUACGCAAGAUAGCGGAGAAUCAAGCCGGGCGAAGCAAAGAAAACUGAAUGUGAAUGGACACACGUUGAUGAAUGGAUCCGUCUCCGGGACGAAGGGAGACGCCGAAUAUUGCCAUGGAUCUAUUGUCAGAGUUAAACUGAUCAACUUUUUGACAUAUGAUGAUGUGGAAUUCACUCCAGGUCCUAAUCUUAAUGUUGUUGUGGGUCCAAAUGGUACAGGAAAAUCAUCAAUUGUUUGUGCUUUGUGUAUUGGCUUAGGAGAGAAAACAGCAAAACUUGGCAGAGCAAAAGAGAUUGGAGAAUUUGUGAAACAUAAAAAGAAUAAAGCCACAAUUGAAAUAGAACUGAAAAAUGAAGGAGGAAAAAAUUACAUCAUCAAGCGAGAAAUUCUAAAAGCUGAAAAACGAAGCACUUGGUCUCUUAAUAGAAAGCAAGUUCCCUUUUCUGAGGUCCAGGAUCUUAUGAAGGAUCUCAAUGUCCAGAUGUCCAACUUGUGCCAAUUCCUGCCCCAGGACCGUGUUGUUGAAUUUGCAAAGAUGAGUCAACAGGAGCUCCUUGUUGCAACUGAAAAAGCUGUUGGGCCCCCAGGAAUGCACAAGGACCACAUGGAAAUAAUUAAACUGAAAGAUAAUUCAAGAACAUUUGAGUCGUCUUUAAAAGAAAAAUCUGAGCACAAGGAAAAACUGGAGCAGAAGAAUGCGUUACUAGAAAGAGAGGUCCAACGUUUCAAUGAAAGGCAGAAGCACUUGGAUAAGAUUAAUCUGCUUGAAAAGAAGAAGCCUUGGGCACAAUAUGAAGAAUCUAGACUACGGUAUGUCGAAACAAAAGGAAGAAAAGAUGAGAUUGAAAAAAUUUUGAAAGACGCAAAGAAAAUAUCUGAGCCACUGCGCAAGAAACUUGAUCGUAUUCAGCAUGAUCUUGCUGCUAUAAGGCAAAAAAAGCAGAAAUUGAAUGAAAAUGGCCAUGCUUUAGUAACAAGAGCUAAACAUAGAUGUGAUCAACUCGAGAAGCAAGGAGAAAAGGUUCUGGAGGUUUCAAGUGAAAUAAAGUCUCUUAAAGAACAAGAAAAGCAGAGAGAGCUAAGAGUAAAGGAUUUACAAAGGAGUAUAGAUGCGUUAAAAAGAGAUUUUGAUGAAGCUCCAGAUCCAACGCUUUUGCAACCCCGUAAUAACGAAAUUGUUAAUGGAAUGCGAGAAGCAAACAAAGCAAUUUCACUCAACAGUCAAGAAGCGACUGGACUGAAAGAGGAGGCAGAUUCUGUCAAAGCAAACAUAGCAGCUUUGAAUCAUAAAAUAAGAGAAAUUGAUGAUAUUGGCAAUAGGCGUCUACAGAAACUGAACCAGAUUGACAAGAACGCGUAUAAUGCUGUCCAAUGGCUCAAUAACAACAGGAAUAAGUUCAAGGGCCGUGUUUUUGAACCAAUAAUGCUGCAGAUAAACUUAAAAAAUCCUUCUGAUGCAAAAUAUCUUGAAUCAACUAUUGCACACAGAGAUUUGAUAGCCUUUGUCUGUGAGUAUGCGGAGGACCAGCAAGUUUUUUUGCAUGAGGUUAGAGAUAAACAGAACAUUCCUGUUAAUGUUGUCAACCCACCCCCGAACCAGUCGCUGUCCGAUUACAAACCAAACAAACCAAUAGAGGAGAUCAGGAGAUUCGGAUUUACUAAGUUCGUAAGUGAUCUAUUCGAUGCCCCAGAGCCAGUGAUGAGGUAUCUCUUUGAUUCCUAUCAUCUGUAUAACAUCCCAAUUGCAGAAGCAGCAUCAAGUGAUCAAGUAACUCAAGCCAUAGAUCAGUCUGGCUUUGGCUUGUUCUUCACUCGUACGCACAGGUAUAAGAUCAGCCAAUCAAUGUAUGGCAGCAGGAAUAAGUCAACAAUGACGUCAGGAAUAAAACAAGGACAACUUCUUAGUAUCGCAGUUGAUAUAGAGAAAAAGAAGGAGCUUGAAAAAGAGAGGGGUACCCUGCAAGAGAAGUACAACGAGAUCUCUGCUCAGCACAGCCAAUGUGUAGAAAAUGACAACAGAAUGAAGAAGAAAUUAGAGGCACUGAAAGCAGAGAAGAAAGAGCUCCAGAGAGAAAUGAACCGAAGGAAGACAUUGCAGACACAAAUUGAGUCAAAAAAGAAGACACUGGAAUCCGUUUUAAAAGAUGCUCCAAACAUUGAAGAGGAGGAAAAGAAAGCAAAAAGCAAAAUUUCCAAAAUCAAUCAAAAAAGAGUCCAGUUAGCUCGAGAGUACAAGGCAGAUGUGGAGAGCUGUCUGGAGUUGUACAAAGAAAAAACGAUGGUUGCUUUGAAAGAAGGCCAAAUAGCCACAGAUCGAUCUUAUGUGGACAACCAAAUCAAAGAGUCAACUAAGAACACACAGGGCUACGAGGAAGAAUUUCGGCAACUGCAAGAAAGGUGCACGGUGCUAAAAAAUUCUAGCCGUAAGCUGCUAGCAGAAGCUAGGAAAAAGACAGAUACGGAAAAAGAAUUAUCAGAUGAAUAUAAAGAGUUAUUUGCUACCCUUCCAAAUACCGUUGAAGAGAUCGAUGACCUUAUUCACGAAGAGAAAGCCAAAGCUGACUGCAAUUAUGAGACCAACCCAAAGGUUUUAGACGAAUACAAGAAAAACACACAAGAAAUCAACAAGCUCAGGAGAGAGAUUGAAAAAGAAAUGGAAGACCAGACUAGUAUUAGUGAUAAGAUCAACAAAAUCAAAGAAAGAUGGCUGAAGCCUUUGGAGGCAUUGGUUGCCAGAAUUAAUGAACAGUAUGGCGAGUUUUUCAAAAGAAUGGGCUGCGCUGGGCAAGUUGCGUUACACAGAGAUCCGGACGAAAACUACAGUAGAUAUGGGAUCGAGAUACAGGUGAAAUACCGAUCCAGCGAGAAACUCAAAGUGCUUACCGCCCAUCAUCAAAGUGGCGGUGAAAGAAGUGUCGCUACGAUGCUAUACUUGAUUUCCCUGCAAGAGCUCACGAAAUGCCCCUUUAGAGUGGUUGAUGAAAUUAACCAAGGCAUGGAUCCUAGUAACGAACGUAGGGUCUUUGACCUGGUUGUCGAAACUGUAUGCAGGCCUGGAACAAGUCAGUAUUUCCUCAUCACACCAAAGCUGUUGCCUGACUUGAAGUACACAGAGAGAAUGACUAUCCUUCCAAUUCUGAAUGGCCACUGGCUGCCACCACAUUCGCAAUUCAAACUCAAGGAUUUGAUCAGGAAAAAGAGACUAGCACACGGGUAAAUCCCCGUCUUUUAAUGCGCUGUAUAAUGGUCUGUAUAUAUUGUAAACAUUGCAUUAUUCAUGAAACAUGUAGUCAAAAAUAUUGCCUAGGGUGUUUUCUAGUUUGAGCUUGCGCUGGGUAGCAUGCUCACUUUUGUCACAUAAAUAAUGUGUUUCACAUAUUAUUUCUCGUGUUAGAAAUGAAAAUGUUUUGUUGAGUAGUUGUGUUUGAUAGUUGGGUUCAUUAGAGAAUUUAAACGAUUGGCCGUCGUAUUGUGAAAAUUAGCAAUUAUAAUCUCAAACUAGCUUUACUGAUAAUAAUUAACCUAGGAAUUUAUAAGCUAAUUGAUUUGUAUGGUUAUGUAUUAUUCAAUUAUGGUUAGUUCUGUUUCACUCAUAGAUAAGUUCUGUUCAGGUUUUAAUGAAAAGUAGAAAUAAUAUUUCAAAAGUAGAAAUGCAUUUUUGGUUGUCUUUUAUCGUCAUCGCCUUGUAAAAUUUGAAUUUCCAUCACUGCAGUGCUGCAUUCAUAGCUUGAAAAGAACGAGAACAGGGGCCGUUGCAAAAAUAUAUCACAGAAAACUAAUGCAGUAUCCUUGCCUGUGGAUCGAAAUUUGCUCGCGUUUCUGAUUGGCCUAUUUCGAUCCACAACUGGGUAUAUAUGUUUACUAGCGUAGAGUUUUCGAUCUAUGCUCUGACGUUUUAAACUCUGAAGAGUGUCAGACGAAAAGCUUUAGUUUACUCAAAUGUUUGCUUUUUUCAAAGCCAUUAACAAUAUAUUACCCAACAUUUUUAUGCAAUUUUUACCCCCCCCCCCUGCUUAGUGGCGUAGUGACUCGGGAAGAUAGUCCCCCAAAGUACCAGAUUUGACAGAAAAUUUCGGAAUUUUGGUUGGUCAGUUCUAUCCUUAUCCCUCCAAAUAUAACUUCAACUGUGCCCUAGCCUGUGCUCCAGACCCCUAACUUGAAAGUAGAGGGGGUCUGGAACACAGGCUACUGUGCCCCUGCCUUUUUUGCGGAGGCCAUUCGAGAAAAUAUGAAUAUUUAGGAAAUUUUUUCAGCAAAUUUUAGGCAAAAAGAUUAUUGUUAUUUUGGGUUUCCUUUUAAUGGUUGUUUUUGGAAAAUUUAGCACGAAUUUGUAAAUUCUCACGGCCCCCAUUCUCACCCAUAAAUGUCUUGGAAAAGUUUCAGGAGACGUGGGGCAAAACUGGAGGAUAAACCGGAGGAUACGCAAAUUUUAUAGACCAUGCCCUUUAGAAUAUAUCUUACAAUCGCCCCCAGGCAUACUUUUGUUAAGUUGAUUAAUUCCAUUCUUUGAGGGCCUGAGACAAUUUGUCCCUGUCAUCUCAACGGGGGCCCGGCCCCUUCGUGCCACGUCCAGACGUUUUUCAGAAUUGGGGAAAUGGGAAAUGUUAUUUUUUAUCUUGGUUUAAUGCAUGUAGUAUCAAUUGAUUAAACUAAGGUGCUCCAAAAGCUAACACUGUUUUUGUUAUUGUGGCGAUGGUAACUAACAACUGCUCGGUAUAUCCUAGAAUACCAGUGACGUAAUUGUAUCGUGGAAAAGAGGCCAUUGGCAAUUGGCCAAUCAUAUCCUUGGUAUACUUAUCACCCAAUGCUGUGAAGCCGCCGUACGUCUUUUGUUGAUGUUAACCAAUCAAAAACUUAUUUGCAUACGUAGAUGUUAAAAAUAGAAAGUAUUGCACCACAGCCACUAUAAAUUUUAUGACGAAUAGAAGGGAGACCUGUUCACAGUUCACAGAAGUAGGAAGGGCUAGUGAAAGUGAGAUUAGAGACUUAAGGCAGCUACAAAGCCAGAGAAAGUUCCUGCAGCUUGUGCUUCAGUCCAGGCCUUCCUGGAUUGGAAAGAAGAGGUUGGAUCCACAACUUCGUCUGAGUUCCCGGCGUUUAGGCCCGUGGAGCUCUCAAACGACAGGCACAGAGCCUUUCGGUUGUCCCAGUUAGCAUCAUUACGGACGCCAGUUCUUCCGUUCAUAUUACGAAGGAAGUAAAAUGGCAUCAACGAGUCAAAAAUUACUCGAAAACACAAAAUCUUUCUCAGAAAGAUGUGUGGAACAUAGAAAACCAGGGCCGUUUAGGCCUUGGUGUGGAGGAGGUAGCGGACAGAGUCGCCCUGAUUUGCCCGACGACGUCAGUUGAGAACCAAGGUUUGUGGCAGCAGCUGCAAAUAAAGAUCGCCUUGAAGAAAAAGGGAAAAUGCUAGAAAGUAUCAAAUAUCAAUUUCUGGUUAGAAUAUUUGUUGGAUUUUGAGCACAUACAUGUACAUAAUAUUUUCUCUAUUUUCCUUUCUGUAUGUUUAGGUAUUGUUGACAAAACAUUUUUAAUUAUGAAUGGUAUGUCAAAUAUCCUUUUACAGUAACUCUGACUUGGCAUCAUUAUUGUAACUGUGUCAAUUUAUUAGCAUUGAUGAUUUUAACCAGUUAUUGUAUGGUAUCUUAUUUCCAUAUGUUUGUAUAUAUACUGCAGAAUUUUCAGAAAUUUUAAUGGAAUUUUUGAAUACUUACACAUUUUUGAGACUUCACCUUGCACACUUGUUUUACCUAGUAGUUAAAUAACACUUAGUGUAUUGUUGUAUUAAUACACUAAUACAAUAGUCUAUUGUAUCAAUCAUGAGAUUUUAAAGCUUUUGA